AUGGGUAGAGGGAAGAAGAAAGAAGAUACGAGUAAGAGUGACCCUGAAAAGCCAGACUCCAGCCUUGACGAGUCUGCAGGGGCCACUGCCAGCACCCCACCUCCCACUGAUGUUGCCACAUUGCUACAGUGGAUAAUUCAGAGGGAUGACAAGAGGGAAGACGCCCGCCGGAAAGAAGAGGAUGCACGCAGGAACGAGGAGUCUGCUCGUUUUCAGGAGCUGAUCCUUCGCCUCACCCCCCAGCAGCCCGCAGCUUCACCUGCGAGUUCGCCAGUGAGCAGUUCUGCCGCGCCCACUGCUUCUCACACUCCACCGACCCCGAGGGCAACAAUACAGCCUCCGAAAGCACUAACAGCAGACGCGAGUCCCCAACAAUUUCGGGAAUGGAAGCGCGAAUGGUCCGAUUAUGCUGUUAUGGUGGAUCUUGUCAGCCUACCAUUAUCAAAGCAGCAUAUACAGCUACGCAUGUGCCUUACAGCUGAGAUGCGACGGGUGCUGGAGCACAAGUUGGACGUGCCCGCAGACCCAACAUGCUCAGUGGAAGAUGUCUUGGCAAAGCUCGAAACGCACAUAAAAAAUGCAAGUAAUGAGGCACUGCGACGGAAGGCCUUCUCUGAGUGCAAGCAAGCAGACGGCGAGAGUUUCGAUGACUUUUGGAUACGCCUGAAAAUCUUGUCACAGGAGAUAGACCUUUGCAAGGCUCAGGACCAAGCAUGCUGUGAACAGUGGAAGAAACACGGCAUACUAAUGGGUAUACGAGAUAAGGAACUUACCCAGAAGCUCAUUGAGAUGGACCGCUCAGCGACGUUGCAGGAUGUUUUGGAGAAAUGCAGGUCUCAUGAAUCGUCAAAGACUGCAUCAUCUGCUUUGAAGGACACAGUUUCUUCACGUGCUGUUUCUCAAUACAAAAGAGAGAAAAAGGCCGCCCUGAAGCAGAAGUCCAAGAUGAGGCCUGGCUCACCUCUGCCUAAUAAGGCCUGCAACUGCUGUGGUCGUCAACAUGAAAAAGGUUUGUGCAGGGCCACCACUUCCACAUGUCGUGCUUGUGGCAAGAAAGGCCAUUGGGCUACUGCUUCUAAGUGUCCCGCCAGGAAUGCCAGAUGCAGGUUGUGCAACAGGCAGGGACACUAUGACAAAUGCUGCCCAAAGACAAGGAAGGCUAAUAAGACAAAAGAAGAGGACCCCAACCAGAACUUAAAGGUAGUAAGUUCAGUAUCCCCUUCAGUGUCAUAUGCCAGGAGUGUCACCUCUACUGCACGACCGAAGCCUCAGCCUUCCCCUAAAGUCCGCGUGUCAAUUCGGCAUAAUGAUUUAUCAGGGAGUCUUGCCAUCAUCCCUGACACAGGUGCAGACACGACUGUCAUUGGACUCCAGCAUCUUAGUAGUCUCGGCCUCUCAAAGAAAGAUUUGGCACCACCGGCAGAGACCAUAUACUACAAUGCGGAUGGGUCACAGAUGCCACCAGCGGCUGGAUCUUUUCGUGGAAUUAUCACCUAUGGCAACCGUUCGACUACAUGUUGGAUUGAUGUUCAGCCUUCGCUUACAACCCCGCUGCUCUCUUGGACCGAGUGCAAGGAUUUGGGGAUUGCUCCGGACUAUUUCCCAAGGCAGAUGUCAGAUAUGCGCAUUGCCAAUCGAGUCCAUGGGCUGGGCAGUGCACCAAUGUCGAACCCUCCUAAGUUGCUGCCCUUACCACUGAACCAGCUGACGUCGCCUGAAGAAGCAAGGAAGUAUUUCCUGCAUCAGUAUGCAGAUGUUUUGGUGAAGAAGGACGACCUGCAUUCUGGGCCACUCAAGACGAUGGUAGGCCCACCCAUGAGAAUUCAUCUACGGGAGAAUGCCACGCCCUUCGCAAUCCACACCCCAAGAAUGAUUCCUUUAGCUUUUCAGGAACCAACAAGAAAGGAGCUUGAGUCAUUAGUGACCCAAGGCAUCUUAAAGCCAGUGGAGGAUGAACCAUCAGAAUGGUGUCAUCCAAUGGUCGUUGUUCCAAAAGCAAAUGGUGGUGUACGUAUUACUACUGACCUAUCAAAGCUGAACAGACAAGUCUCUCGCCCUGCCCACCCUUCUCCGACGCCAUUUACAGCCAUCAGAAGUAUCAGUCCGCAGUCAAAGUUCUUCACAACUGUGGAUGCUCUUUGUGGUUAUUGGCAGCUGCCCUUGCAUGAGGACGAUCAACACCUGACGACAUUUAUCACUCCUUAUGGACGUUUCAGGUAUUGUCGUGGCCCCAUGGGUUUUGCAGCAACAGGAGACGCCUUUUGUCUCCGAGGUGACAAAGCACUACAGGGAGUAACAAACUGCAUCAAGGUUGUGGACGACAUUCUCCUACAUGAUGAGGACUACCUCUCACACCUUCAACGUGUAAACGAAGUCCUGUCAAGGUGUCGUCACCACGGUAUAACCCUUAAUGCAGAAAAGUUCAUUGUGGCUGCAUCUGAGACCAGUUUCUGUGGGUACAAGCUAUCAAAUAAUGGUAUUGAAGCAGACCCAGAGAAGGUAAAAGCCAUUGCAGAGUUUCCUACCCCUGCAAACCUGACAGAUCUUCGAUCAUUUAUGGGCUUGGUAAAUCAACUGGCAGAGUUUACGCCUAAGAUUUCGACUGCUGCAGCCCCACUCCGCCCAUUGAUGAGUCCGAAGAGAGCUUUUACUUGGACCGCAGACCACACCAAGGCUUUUAUUGAUACUAAACAGGCUUUAUCAAGGCCCCCCAUACUUGCGACGUUUGAUCCCGCCCUUUCCACCAUUCUGCAGACCGACGCCUCCAGACUCUACGGCCUUGGCUAUGUGUUGUUGCAGGACCACGGUGCUGGAAGAUACAAGAUGGUGCAAUGUGGUUCCCGUUUCUUGACAGAUACAGAAACACGGUAUGCGACCAUCGAAUUGGAAAUGCAAGCUGUCGUCUGGGCCAUCAGUAAGUGCAAGUUCUAUCUUCGUGGACUUCAGCACUUCAGUGUGAUGACAGAUCACCGUCCAUUGGUUCCAAUUUUGAACCAUUAUUCCCUGGAUGCAAUUGAAAACCCUCGUCUCCAGCGCAUGAAAGAAAAGGUAAGGAGUUGUGCAUCCCUGAUGCCCUUUCCCGGUCACCUGUGA